ACAUCAUUCCCAAAUGGGCACUCGCUCGAUUCUGUGACAGCUCAAGCAAAUGGGUCACAGCGAAAAAUCGGUUGGAUUGAGUUCCUGGAGUGAAAACUCUGCUGACGUGACUGGAAGCUGUGGAAUAGAAAAGACUCUGGUGACUGCCAGCUACAAACACCAUGUCGAAUCCAGAAGUGCACCACAGACUUUGUAUCAUUAACGUCACAUCUGAACCCUGCAAUCGAUGGCUUUGAUUUGGAGUUCUGCAAGGCCCUGCGGGCAUAUGCAGCCUGCACCUAUCGUAAUUCCAAAGUCUGUCGUGGAAACCUAGUCUACCAUUCUGCUGUGCUAGGGAUCAGUGACCUCAUGAGCCAGAGAAACUGCUCCAAGGAUGGGCCGACGUCCUCUACUAACCCUGAAGUUACCCACGAUCCCUGCAAUUAUAGUAGUCGUACAGGAGCCAGAGAACAUCGGGGAGGGGAGCAAACUCCUCCUGUCUACCUUUUUUGUGGUUUGUUUGGUGAUCCCCACCUUAGGACUUUUAAGGAUCACUUUCAGACAUGCAAGGUGGAAGGGGCCUGGCCUCUGAUAGACAAUAACUACUUAUCAGUGCAAGUGACAAAUGUGCCUGUGGUCCCAGGAUCCAGUGCUACUGCUACAAAUAAGAUAACUAUUAUCUUUAAAUCAUACCAAGACUGUACAGAUCAGAAGGUAUACCAGGCAGUGACCGACGAUUUACCAGCGGCUUUUGUAGAUGGAACAACAAGUGGAGGUGAUGGUGACACCAAGAGUUUGCGCAUUGUGGAGAAAGUCAGUGGCAAAUACAUGGAAAUGCAUGCCAGGUACAUUGGUACAACUGUGUUUGUGCGCCAGCACGGGCGCUACCUUACAUUGGCUAUUCGUAUGCCAGAAGAGCUGGCCAUGGCUUACGAAGAAAGCCAAGACCUGCAGCUGUGUGUGAAUGGUUGUCCCUCAAGUGAACGUAUUGAUGACAGUGGCCACUUGCCAUUGCCUGUCAUGGGGCAGCUUCCUUCUCAUGCAGGCACCACUCAGCCCCGCUCUGUGUACACACUGGAGAGUGCCACUACCAAAUGCCAUGAGAAGAUAUUAGUGAAGGACAUCUAUUUUUACUCAUGUGUCUUUGACCUGCUCACCACUGGUGAUGCCAACUUCACAGCAGCAGCCCACAGUGCCUUGCAGGAUGUAGAGGCACUGCAUCCCAGGAAAGAGCGCUGGCACAUUUUCCCUAACAACGGAACCGGUGGCUUUGUCAAGGGAAGCAAGUUGUUUGUUAGUCUUGGACUUGUGUGCUUGAUCCUUGUUGCAUUUUUGUAGGGUUUUUGACUAUAACAAAGUUUUAAAAUAUAUAUUGUCAUAAUAUAUUGAGGUAAAAGCUAAGAGUAUAUAUGUAUAUACCAUGUAUAUGAAGGGAUGUUUGUCUUGGGACGCCCACCAGACUGUACAUAUUGUGUUACUGUUCACAUAUGUUGGAUGUAGUAUUCUUUGUAUCAGUUUUGUUUUGCAGUUGGUGAAAUGUUUUAUAAUGUCCCUGAGUUGGGAUCUGAUAGAAAGCACUUUAUUUUUUAUAUAUUAAAUAUUUAUGUGUUUCUGGGUCAUUAUGUAUAAUACAUAUACACAUGUACAUACACCACAACCAGUGGUCCCUCUAAGCAUUACCUACUUUUACAAAACCUUUUUAUAUUAAUGCCUUUCAGUGGGUGUUCUUCCUUCCAUCAUUAAUUACUCUCAAGGCUAUCACUCAUCUUCUCUUUUGAAAAAGGUGGUAUUUUACUGUUGUCUCUAGUUGGAUCAUUCAAAACCCAAUCUUUAUUUUGUCUGUGAAACAAUCUCUUUUCUCCAUUGCAUUAGCAAAAACAAAAAUUCCCGUACUAACAUUAAAGAAAGCAAGGGUGACUGCUAAUGACUCUUAUAAAGCAACUAUGACGUGUGGGUAGAACAGACUUGGUAGCAUGCAAUGGGUCAGCUAAUUUCAGCAUGAUCUUUUGGAAGUUGCUCUUCCUAAGUUAGUACUAUUGGUUUCAUUCCAAUGCAUUUGUGCAAUAGGGAUUGUUUAGCUACUUUAGCUCCAGGGGAGCACCUGACUUUUUAAAAUCAUGUGGGAAAAGUAGUUAUAUCAGAAGGUGCUAGAUAACUGUUCUUCUGUUUUAAGAAUUCCUGUCAUAGCAGUCCACCUCCUUUUUUUCUGAAGUAACUUCAUAAUGCUUUGAGCAUGAUAUAAUUGGUUGACAGGGUUAUUGUUAAGUGACCUGUAAACCACGCUUUUGUUUUGGGUGGUAGAACAUAGAGGAAAGGCCUCCCAUUCAUAUUCUCUACACAAAAAAGGAAUAGAGGUGAUACUAGCCAUUGAUUCAAUUUAGUGCCUUGAAUUACUGCAAGAAAAUAGCACAGCGCUAGUAUAUAAAGAUUAUUGACCUGUUUUUUAAAAAGAAAUAAGACUGAUACAAAAACAUGCUUGUGAUGGUAACAGGUCGGACCUGUUUCUGUUCCAUCUUUGGAAAGAGUUUAUAUGAGAUUAGUGGAUUUCUGCCAUGUGAAUAACAAAUUCAAACAGUCUUUCUUCUGUUCUGAUAAAACUCGGUACAUAAACUUGAUGGAGUCGCUCAUUUGGGUAAAGAAGGUUUUAUGACUUUAAGAAUCAAAUACUUGUAAUUUUGCAUAUAAUGUCUAAAUAGCUUCAGGACUAUCAGUUUAGCAUUUUGCAGAGGUUUGCUGUUGGCAGAGAAACCAAUUACAGGUACUCCUCACUUAACGACCUACUUGUUUAACGACCGCGCGGACUUACGACCAGCUGUCCGUAGAGUCGUAGAGCUGGUUGGCAGCGCGGCGUCAAGCUGAGGGGGACGUGGAGCUGAGCCCGGCACCCUCCAGCCGGCUCCGCGAACCCACGAGGGGGGAGAAGCAUCCACCCGGAGGGCAGCGGCCAGGACUCACCACCAUGGCCAGCGCCUUCCCAUCCCCGGCUGUUUCCCUGGGGGCCAACUGCUCUCGGUGAGGGGCGGCUCCUCGCUUAUCGACCAAUUCGCUUAACGACCGAGUCGUAGGAACGGAACUCAGUCGUUAAGUGAGGAGUGCCUGUAACUCCUUCCUGGAAUGGGUGAAAGAUGCAAUACCUGCAUUGGCCUAAGAAAAAUAUUUGGUUUGGCUACUCAGUCUACUCAGUGUGGAAGACCAACCAAUAAUACAUGCUAGAGCAUUAUAGCUAAUCCAUUUGCUGCCUACUUUCCUGUUUUAAAACCUUUCAGGUCAACUCAGUCCAAAAAUGACUGCUAGUAAUCUGAGUCCUGGUCUAAAGUAGAACUGUUUUGCUGCUUAAAACAUUAUGAAGAGAUCUCCAUAUUUUGGAUGGCUGAAUUUCCCCAUUAGUGGCUAGAGUUUAAACUUGUUGUGGAUGAAUUUUGGGGAGCCAAGCUAGAAUUUUUAGCAAGCACAUAGUAAAUGAUGUCUGUCUACUACUUAAUUUCCUGUGUCCCCAAAUCCCAUGCAUAUACCUAAACAAAUAUCCAAGAGUCUCACAAUUAGAUAAGUAAUAUUUCAGAAAUAUAGUACUUCCUUUAAGUAGAUUUCAUUUUCUUGUUCCUGCUGUGGGAAUUCUUGAGAAAAUGUUAUUUGCACAUGUUGGUUCUUGAAGUCCACCAUAGCCAAGAGAGCUUUAGUUAAUGCCAAACAUAUGGAUAUUUUGAAGCUAGUGAAUGGUCUCUGGGGAGAACUUAAGCUUAGAGGGAACACUGGUUUUCACAGACACACCAAAUGGCUGUCUUUUAGAAGGCUUCAAAUUUUAUUUUUAUGCUUGGAAACCCCACAAUGUGUCAGUCUUUGCAACAACCUUUUAGAUGUGGUUCAUGGAUAUACCAAUAAGUAUAUGUUUGUGUAAAAGAGUGACUGUGCAGUGUGUAAAUACUUUAAAUUAUUAUGGUAGAAGAAUAAAGUUACAUACCAUGCUGUGGAA